UCACUUUAUUACUCUCUCUCUACACCUUCUCUCUCUAAAUAUUUUGCUGCAUUUGUCUUGUUCUUAAGCCUGAGAAUCUACUCAUUCCCUCUACACUUGUUAAACUAAACUUGUUUCUGUUGUUUUGUUUUGUUUCUCUCACCCUUGUUCUUUUGCUCCUGUAGUUUUAUACAUACAUGAUAUUAUUGAAGAGUGAAAAGAAGCAACAUUGUUUUGAGGGCUUACCCAUUAUCAAGAUCCUUCAAGAACCUAUCUUUUUGUGUUGAAUUUGGGUUUUUGUGUUAGUAUUGAGCUUGUUGUUGACAAAGUUGAGUGGCCCAUUUUAAGAAAUAGGGUUAUUUUGAAAAAGAUUUGAUUUUUACAUUGUGUCAUUUUCUUGAAAAUUUGGGUAAUUUAGAGGGAAUUGCGACAAGUUUGUGGAGAGGGGGAGAGGGUUUUUGAAGAAGAGCUGCAUGAGGAAGAAGUGAAACAAUGAGAGAUGAAAGUGCCAAAAAGAGCAAGCUCUCUUGGUCAAAAUCAGUGGUUAGGAAGCUGCUUAAUAUUAGGUGCAAAACUGAAGAUGUUCAAGCAAAUGUAGAUGUUUGUGCAGAUGGCAAUGUGGGCUGGACGAAUAGCAUCUCUGAGAGGGAGCUUAACAAAAGCAAGAAAGUUAAAACAGAUAAAUCAAGCAGAGCAAGGGACCGUCUCCGGCGAUAUAAAGCUAAUCUGGACCACCCUCAAGUUAUAAAUGUGCAAAACUACAGCAUUUUUUCAGCUACAUGGAAUGUAGGUGGGAAAUCUCCUACAAGUAAUUUGAAUGUAGAUGAUUGGCUUCUUGCCUCACCUCCUGCAGACAUAUAUGUACUUGGAUUUCAAGAAAUAGUUCCCUUAAAUGCUGGUAAUAUUCUGGGAGCAGAAGACAAUGGUCCUGCCAAAAAAUGGCUAGCUUUGAUUAACAAAACCCUAAACAAUCGUCCAGGAACUAGUGGAAGUGCUUGCUGCACACCUUCUCCAGUCCCUAAUCCGAUUGCCGAAUCUAAUGCUGAUUUUGAGGGAUCAAACAGGCAUACAGCGUCGGCUCUAUUCCAGCGUAGAUCAUUCCAGGCACCAAGAAACUGGAGAAAUGACAAUGACAAUUAUCCUAUGCCCCAACCUCGCCUUGAUAGACGGUACAGUGUCUGUGAUCGAGUGAUAUUUGGUCACAGGCCAAGCGAUUAUGACUCUACAGUCAGAUGGGGUCACAGACCUAGUGAUUACUCUUCAAGUCACAGGUCAAGUGAUUAUUCCUCCAGUCACAGACCUAGUGAUUACUCAAGUCACAGGCAAAGUGAUUACUCAAGUCAGAGGCCUAGUGAUUAUUCUUCAAGUCAAAGACCAAGUGAUUAUUCUUCAGGGCACAGACCAAGUGAUUACUCAUGGGGACAGAGGCCGAGUGAUUAUUCCAGAUGGGGAUCUUCUGAUGAUGAAUAUGGGCCUGUGGAUUCACCUAGCACUGUGUUAUUUUCACCUAUGGAAGAUAAUUACAGAAUGCGGGGAAAUUCAAAGUAUUGUUUAGUUGUUACUGAACAAAUGGUUGGUGUUUUCCUCACAAUAUGGGUAAGAAGUGAUUUGAAAGAGCAUGUCCAGAACAUCAAAGUAUCUCGUGUUGGUAGAGGAUUGAUGGGUUACCUAGGAAAUAAGGGGUCCAUAUCGGUCAGCAUGUUGUUGCAUCAAACAAGCUUCUGCUUUGUCUGUAGCCACUUGACCUCGGGACAGAAGGAAGGCGAUGAGCUAAGAAGGAAUUCUGAUGUAAUGCAGAUCCUCAGGAGGACGAGGUUUCCACGAGUUCGUGGCAUUUGUGAUGAGAAGUCCCCACAAACGAUCCUUGAACAUGAUCGAAUCAUCUGGGUUGGGGAUCUGAACUAUCGAAUUGCGCUAUCUUACCGAUCAGCAAGAGCACUUGUUGAGAUGCAAAACUGGAGAGCUUUGUUAGAAAAUGAUCAGUUACGACUAGAGCAGCGAAAGGGUCGCGUUUUUGAAGGUUGGAGAGAAGGAAAGAUAUACUUCCCCCCAACAUACAAAUAUUCGAAUAAUUCAGACAGAUACACUGGUGAAAGUAUUCACCUAAAAGAGAAACGUCGAACGCCUGCAUGGUGUGAUCGGAUUUUGUGGUUUGGAAGAGGUCUUCAUCAAUUAUCUUAUGUCCGAGGGGAAUCCAGGUUCUCUGAUCACAGACCAGUUUACAGCAUAUUCUGGGCUGAGGUUGAGUCAUCACAGAGCCGUUUAAAGAAAAGCACAAGCUGUUCUACCUCUAGGAUUGAGGUGGAGGAACUCUUUCCAUACUCACAUGGAUACACAGAACUCUGCUUUUUCUGAAAGGAUUAAGGGAACUGUUCAAAUUAGAUUCUUAAACAUUAUCACACAUGUUCUUAUCUGUUAACUGGUCCCCUGUUGACGUGCUAAAUUUCUUCUGAUGAAGCUCAUUUUUGAAGGUUGAUGGAGACACAACAAUGUCCACAAACUGAAAAAGACAUACAACUAUACCAUAAUCGGUCGCUAAUCACUAAAGCAGGGUUGUUUGACCGCAAUUUCCUGGUUAAUAACAAAUUUAGAGUAAAGACUAACAAAGUCCCACUUAACGGCAUCUCGGAGUUUCAUACAAGCAUUUUCAGGAGGAGCUCAACUAAUUACAGAUUGCCAAGUGGGUCACUGAGGAAUAGUUUAUUCAAGAUUCUUUAUUAGUUAAGGGAUGCAUAGGUCACUAACUGGAAGAGAAUGUUAUAGAUUUGUCAAAAUAAUCAUUAGGUGUGCUCUUUUUUGUUUCAGAUGUGAAAAAGAAGUAAAGAAAUGAUGUGUGUAUAUAUACUCAUUACCAAAGUGAUGGAGAGCUAGAAAACUCAAUGUAGAGCCCUCUUGUUUAUUUAUUUAUAGUUUUUUUUGUUGUUGCUCUUAA